AUGAUCAGAAAAGUGCUUCUGUUCCUGGUUUUGUGCGUGCUCUCGGAGCUUGUUAAGGGGCGUAUGCUGGGUAACCCUUUCCUAGUCCGUGGCCGUGUCUACUGUGACACUUGUCGCGCUGGCUUUGAGACUGAAGCCAGCCAUGGCAUCCCAGGUGCUAGGGUCAGAAUUGAGUGCAAGGAAAGGGCCACUAUGCAACUAACAUACAGCAUAGAGGGGGUGACCGACUCCACUGGAACCUACAACAUCAAGGUCAGAGGUGACCGUGGGGAUGAAGUAUGUGAUGCCAGACUUAUUAGUAGCUCCCAAUUUGAGUGUAGUGAAACAGACCCAGGACGGGACCGUGCUCGUGUUAUCCUCACCCGCAACAACGGCGUCGCCUCUGACACUCGCUUUGCAAAUGCCCUUGGAUUCUUCAGGAUUGAACCCAUGUCUGGCUGCACUAUGGUGCUUCAGAAAUAUCAGGAAACUAAUGACUAG